UAAACAAUUCGUACCAGGUUGAUUGAUCAGUCUGAUCACUGCACAUUGCCAUUUAUUUAUAAAAGAGAUCGUGUUUUGUGUGUUGUAUUGAUCUGAGAUGGAAUUCGAACACUUAUGUUAUAUUUCGUGUUUGGUGGGAGUUGUCAGCUUAAUAUUUGAUAUUUUUGUAACUGCUACAUCUGGUUGGUUAAACAUAAGUGUUGAAUACCAAAACAAGAAACUUCAUUUUACUGUUGGUGCCUUCGAUCUUUACGAUGUGGACGAAAAAAACAAUAUGGCUAUUAAAGUUGUACAAAACGAAGGAAUUACUACAUUACAAGCCAUGCUCGUAUUGAGCAUUCUCGCACUUGUUUUCGCAAUUAUCUGCCAAGGUUUAGUUGUUGCCAAGAAACAAGUUUUAAUAUUCGGACCCAGAGGAUUACUGAUAAUGGUUGAGUUUCUAUACAUACUAACAGGAUUUUUUCUUCUGGUUGGUUUGUCAGUUUACACUCACUAUUGGUCAAGCAACAAGCUCUACUACGUCUCAGCACAACACCCGAUGAAAACAUCUUACAACUACUCGUACUACCUCUGCUGGGUGUUCACCAUAAUAUUUACGUUAUAUUCAGUUGCAUUCACAGUGUACAUGAACCUUAUGGUCAAAAUUUCUUAUCGAAGUCGUUCCUCUGCUGCAAAUACGUCUAAUACAUUACCAGAAAAAGACGAAACGACCGCACCAUAUGACCUGCCCGAUUCUUCAGUUUAGCUUUUAUUAAUCUUCUGUAAUGUAACUAUAUUUCGUGCUCUCUGUUAACCAAGUAUUUCUUUAUUCUACUAUAAUUGGUUACGUUGACUUCGGCGUUAAUAUCAAUCUUACCUAGACAAACCAAUUCCAUUUAACGCGUAAUAAUGACAUCUUAUAGCAUGUACAUAAAUCUUAAUAACAAGAUGUUACUUUUUUAGACUUUUCUGGUUUAUAGUUUUAAAUUCUUUGCAUGAUCAUAUCUACAUGUAUAAUUCUCGUAUUUAGUCUUAGAUGAUUUGACUGGAGUCUAAUCGUAAAAUAUAGUGGAGUGGGGUAAAGUGGGACACUUUAUUUUAUAUUCUUCUACGGACCCCACUUGUUGAUAAACAAAAGUAUAAAUAUAUUAUUCACAAUAUUAUUACAAUUUAUUUACAAUAUUAUUCGACAGUAUCCUCAUGCGUAUAAAAUAUUUUUUCACUGCGUAUAAAAUAUUUUUUCAGCGGGUAAAUAAGUCGUAAUAUAGUAAGGUCCUAAUAUUAAAUGCUCGCGAAUCGAAUUAAACCAUUGAAAAUUCGCUAUCA